AUGCACGGAUUGUUGAGCCGACUGUCGAGCCACUCCCAUCGUGAGCGGACGAAAGAGUCACUUGACGCUGAUUCGUAUCGGCCGCCUGCGAGCAUGACGCCCGGACCGCUUCCUGUUGUCCGAAACGAGCCUGGGGCCGAUGUGGAGGAGGACUGCAUCAUCUGUGGCGAGAGUCUUUCCUUCUCCUUUCGACUUCCUGGCGAAAAGCCUCAUAUUGUUCCCGAGUGUGGACAUGCCUUGCACGAGGCUUGCUUUACCGCAGUCUAUGGCCAGGUGAACCAGUCACGGAUGGGAGCACUGCCGCGCAAGAAUCUGGGAGUAUGUGGGGUGUGUCGAAAGCCUAUUCGAGUUGGAGAUGGAGACGGAGCCAAGUCGAACAAAUUGGCGGCGCUGACCGGAAUGGGCGAUAAAAAUGCGACCUCGAUGUUUCCUGGCCGAGAGCAGACAUCCGGACCUUUGCGUUAUACACCAACACCUCGAUCUGCACCCACCCCUGCCCCCCAUGACCCCACCGACGAUGACCCCCUGGAACCCCCCACCAAUGCUAGUGUCCGCUCAGGUGGCAGCGCCAGCUCGGAUUACGUCGUCGCUCCCUCUAUAUCCGUCCGCUCAGAGUUCCCAUCGAUUACCCGCACCCAUGAACCCACACAGAGUAUCACAUGCCUCAUUACCGUCGAGCUGCCCAGUCGCCGAGGGAGUGCCCCCGUACCAGGUCCGGUCAUCACAGCCCCGCAGCGAUACGCCACUCCUCCGCCCACCGAUGACGCACCUGGUCCAUACAGCUACAACGCCACUCCCCCUUCCAACACCCCGUUCGCCCGAGUAGCCGAGGACCUGCAAAACAGACUAGUGGACUGGAAGGGCCACCCAAUGGACGCACUCGGCCCAUUACAAAUGUUCGACAUUCUGAAGCUAUCAUAUGCGUGCUGGAAGAAGAAGAAAACCCUCGGCCGGCUAUUGCAAACCGGCUCUGGCGCUGGGUCAUUUGAUGGCUCUUCGCUUGCGAGCGGGGCAACCUCUCCUGGUCCGUUUGGUUCCAAGUCGGUUCUGCGCCUCAAGGGCCGGAUAUACAUUCGUCAUAUCAAACGGCUAUUGGACACUUCGGUCGCGGGCGAGCUCAGUCUGACAAUUGAUAUGGAGGACGAGCGACUGGAGUCAUUUAUCCUCAUAUUCCGCGAUCACUCGUCCCUCGAGAACUGGCGCGCGACCAUCCAAGGCCUUGUCAAUGCCCAACGAGCGGCAAACAACAUCCAGAUACAAGAUCUCGUCGAAUUUGGUGGGGCGGCUCAGGCUGGAGGAAAAGGGACGAGGGCGAGGAGUGCAGCGACAACGGCGUCGAGCAUUGGUGCGGAUUCGCUACUCCAUUCCGGACAACGGUCCACGCUCAGUUCCACUGCCUCUUCCGCAGGCGGCGGGUACCCAUCGUACUCCAAGUCUCCGGAACCGUAUGUGCAUGUUGCCCCCCAUGUCAGUACCGGGCCGUCCAAUGCUUUGCCGCCUCUGCCCCAUGGACCGAUGGAUGUCAUCGCCGUGGUCUCCCUCCCUCCCCCUUCCGCCAACCCGUCGACCGCACAGCUCAAACAUAGGGUGAUUCGCAAUGCCCUCGAUUUCCUUGUCGCUUCGCUCGGUCCGAGGGACCGAUUCGCGCUGGUCACCUUCCAAGUCGGCAAGUCCGGACGGGUACGCAAGACCCCGUUCCUGUCGAUCGGCCGCCCUGGCUCGGUCACCCGUCUAUCGGGAUUCAUCGAAUCGAUGGCGAACCCCCCGCCAGACAACUCGGACGAGUUCUCGGUCACGUCCGCCAAGGACGAGAUAGUCGACGUCGUGACUGCAGUCAACCACGGGCUGGACACGGUCCUGCAGCGAAAACAAAAGAACUCGAUCAGCGGGAUGGUGCUCGUAUGCGAUGCGUCGGACACGUCUCGCAAGCCGCAGAUGGACUUGCUCAUGGCUCGAACGGAAGCUGCGUCGCUCCCGAUCCAUUCGUUUGGGUACGGCAAGAGCCACGACCCCGGUCCGUUAUGGCUGAUAUCGAACGCGACGGGCGGGAGCUAUACGUUUGUGCGCGACUGGUACGAGCUGCAGGACUGCUUGGCCGGGUGCGUGGGCGGGAUGAUGUCGAUCGGGGUCAUGAACUUGCGGAUGCACGCCAAGGUGCUCGACCACUCGAGGUUCAGGAUCAAAAAAGUCGCAGGGGUUGGCGGCGCGGUGGUCGCUAGCUCGGGACUGGACGUAGACGUGACUCUACCGGCGCUCCGGUUCGGCGAACGGCGCGAGCUCAUUGUGGAGCUCGAGCUGGACAACCGUGCACCCUUGGGCGGGUCGUCACACCAUCGGGAAGAGUCGAUGUCGGCGACGGACGCGUUUGUGCAGCGCAUGGGACUCGGGAUCGACGGGCUCUCGCUUUCGGAUGCGGCGCUUGGGGAAGGGAUGAUGGAUGCGAUGAUCGACGAGGCUCCGGUGUUCGAGGUAGACGGCGGGUUUUUUGAUCCUAGCACAGGAAAGACCGUGACGCGACUGGGCCAUCCUGUGCUGCUCACGUUGGCAAUUAACCCGCCAAACGAGCGGACUCUGCAGCAACCGUGGUCGGACGCAUCGAUUGUACGAAGACGGGCGGAGUUGCUGUCGCACCAGAUGAUCAUGCGCGCGAUUGUGUUUGUAGGACGACGAGACUUUAACCAUGCCAUUCAGCUACUCGUCGGCACCCGGACGGCCCUCACGAAUAUUCUGAACACGUCGCUCCCCCCUCCGACAUCCCGAACGACCAGAAAGGAGCUGGUGACGUUGGCAGCGGUGAGGGUGAUACAGAGUGCGAUGGCGGAUGUGAGCGUUCUUAUCGAUGCGCUGGAGGAGAACCCUGAGGGGUUCGGGCGGGAAUGGCGACCGUUUGGUGCGCAGCAGGCGAUGGUGUUCCGAGACCAGCUGAGCUGGACAGGACGAACGACGACUGAAAAGAUAUUCUGGUGUGCGGAUCAUUCGAUCGAGUUGUUUGGGCGGAGCUCCGAUUGGGCUGCGUCCUCGUAG